AAGGCUCAGCACUAGACUUUGAGGAGAGCCAUGAAGAUGUUAACACCUAUAGCUGUUGCUCUUUUAUUCAAUUUUCUAACGUCGGCAACAGUCGUCCAAGAUUUCAACCAUGUGGAGCGGUGCAAGGACUCUCUGUACAUGGGGACUCCACCGCGGGGGAUCAUCGAGACCAAACUGAAGAAGAUCUGCCAACGCUACGCCGACAAGCCUCGAUACGUGACCCUGUACGAUCCUCAGCAGCGCAUCCCCAUUUACUCGGCGUACACCUUCAAGAAAACGGAGGGGGACCGACGCGUGGACUACCCGUGGAUGUACGAGCCACAGUUGGCAGAAACCGAUGGGAAUGGGAACAUGCUGCCCUUCCCCACCGGCUACCUGCACAUGAAGUUUGAGGACAGCCAGGCGGUGCUGGACGACUACUCCGAUGUGGUCCUCUACGAACGAGGCCACCUGAACCCAGACCAGCACCAGUCCACUCCACACGACCGCGCCGCCACCUACACCCUGACCAACGUCGUCCCAGAGAUCCGGGAGUUCAACAUCGGGCCUUGGCGCGAGUUUGAGGAGCGGAUCCGGGUCCGCCUCAACAACUUCUGCCGCGGCACCGCCUACAUCGUCACCGGGGUGACCACCAGGGGCAACAUGAUCCGUCGCAACAACCAGGACCGCGUGGCCAUCCCCGAAGACGUGUGGUCCGCUUACUGCUGCACCGAAUACGACCGCAACUCGCCCCACAACAUUCGCAUCUACUUCCCGUCCUACGGCGCCUUGGCCAAAAACGCCAAAGAGGGCAACAGCGUUCACGAGAUGCCCGUCCAGGAGCUGGAAAUCUUUCUGAAAAGCCACAUGGACGUUGAUCAGAAUCUUCAGCUCUUCUACGACAACUGCAUCUCUCCCUCACCGCUUCCUCUCUACCUGCAGCACACCAUCUGAAGGCUGUGUAGGUUUCUAUGUGCUUCCAUGAAUAACAGGAAGCAUUUGUGCUUCAUUUUUUUCUGAUAUUACAAUAACUCUCUUUGGUGGUAAUUUACAUUUUUGACCUUACAGUUUAAGUUGUUCUUUGGGAAAAAAAAAACUUCAGAUAAUUCUAAAGGAGCCAAUUUGUUCAGUGAGAUUUUCUCGAUGCAGGUUUUCCUUCAUUAUCUCUCCUUUCACACAGAAACCCUGAAACACAUUUUUACAGACGAGCUACUUUGUUGACGGGAGGAUUAAAAACGCUGCUGUGUGGGAGGCUAUGGGCAUGGGCUCGCUUAAUAAAACAUCCUAAUUUA